CAACUUCGAUGUCUUCUGAAAUUGUGACCUUCUCUGUCUUCCCCUGGUUGACUCCACUCUCACAAAAAUGGGCACUUUUUGUGACCUAUUCAAACAUUUACAAUCUCAUCCAACUGCACGAGCGCUCCUCGAAGGCUUCCGGCCCAACGACCUGUAUCACGCAGUGCUAUUCAGCUCUAUCCAGGCCGAAGAUGUAGCAGAACACCCUCUCAAGUUCAUGUGGUUGGUCGAAAACGCCGAUGUCUGUCUAGAUGUUGGCUUUAGCUUGGCCGAAACUCGAACAUCUACACCGUACUAUUAAAGUUCUUUUCCUUUCUCCGUGAGAAGCAAAUGAUUGGACGCGUUAUGAUUCACCCCGAAGUGCGUACUGUCAUUGACCCUGAAGUCGGAAAAACCGGGAAUUCGGAAAUUUGUACUGUAGCCAA